AACGUGAACAAGUUGAUUGAAUUAUUGAAAAACGUGACAAAAGCAUGAUAAGUUUUGAUUGGGUGUUUCUGUCGAAAAGAUAAAGUUUUGAUUGGGUAUCUCUAAAAGGUUUAAGGUCAAUGGUUGUUGGAUCUGGUUCCUUGCUUCAAUUUGGUAUUACUACUACUACUCAAUUCUGCACUAAAACAUUUCCUUCUUCCUUAAUCUUUUCUACUAGUAGUACUUCCUCACAUAGAUCACUAGUGUCACUUUCUGUCCCUAAAAACAUGUCUCAUCAGUCUCAACUUUUGAGCUUGAGUUCUACCAAUGGUUCUUCUUCCUUGGCGGUUCCCAUCUUUCAUAAUUAUCAUCAGAUUGAUGAAAAAGUUGUACAAGAUAUUGUUUAUGAUGCUCUUGUUUUUGCUACUCUCAAUGGUCUCCUUGUUGGUGAUAAAUCUGUUGAGAGAUCAGGAAGAGUUCCUGGUAUAGGGUUGGUGCAUCUCCCAUUUUCCUUAUUACCUCCUCCAUUACCUCAAACUCAUUGGAAGCAAGCUUGUGAUUUGGCACCUUUAUUCAAUGAACUUGUUGAUCGUGUCAGUUUGGAUGGAAACUUUCUCCAACAAUCCCUCUCCAGAACUAAGAAAGCAGAUGAAUUUACCUCUAGACUUUUAGAUAUUCAUUCCAAAAUGCUUGAGAUUAACAAAAAAGAGGAAAUACGGUUGGGAUUAUUUCGUUCAGAUUACAUGCUUGAUGAAAAGACUAAAUCACUUUUGCAAAUUGAGAUGAACACUAUUUCCACUUCAUUUUCUGGUGUUGGUUGUGUUAUGACUGAACUUCACAGGAACAUACUUUCUCAUUAUGGAAAAUUGCUUGGACUAGAUUCCAAAAGGGUUCCUGUCAAUACGGCUGACAGUCAGUAUGCGGAGGCGUUGGCUAAAGCUUGGAGUGAAUAUAAUAACCCUAGGGCUGUGAUUAUCGUUGUGGUUCAGGAUGAAGAACGGAACAUGUAUGACCAGCAUUUUGUUUCUGCAAUUCUAAGAGAAAGGCAUCAUAUUACAACCAUACGGAAAACGUUGGCAGAAAUUGAUCAAGAAGGAGAAAUUCUGCCAGAUGGAACACUAUCUGUGAAUGGACAGGCAAUUGCAAUCGUUUACUUCCGCGCUGGCUAUACACCAGUUGACUAUCCUUCGGAAUCAGAAUGGAGAGCUAGGUUACUGAUAGAACAAUCUUCUGCUAUCAAAUGCCCUAACAUAUCUUAUCAUUUGGUUGGCACCAAGAAGAUUCAACAGGAACUUGCAAAACCCGGUGUUCUUGAGAGGUUCUUUGAAAACAAAGAGGAUAUUGCGAAACUGCGUAAAUCCUUUGCAGGGUUAUGGAGUUUGGAGGACUCGGAUAUUGUUAAACAAGCAAUUGAGAAGCCAGAGCUAUUUGUGAUGAAGCCGCAAAGAGAAGGAGGAGGAAACAAUAUUUACGGCGAUGAUCUUAGGGAGAGUCUUCUAAAAUUACAGAAAGUAGGUUCUCAAGAAGACGCCGCUUACAUACUUAUGCAGAGGAUAUUUCCAGCUAAUACAGCGGCAAUUUUGAUGCGUAAUGGUUUCUUGCAUAAAGAUCAUGUCAUUUCAGAAUUUGGAAUAUUCAGUACUUAUUUAAGGAAUAAGGAUAAGGUUAUUGUGAAUAAUGAAAGUGGCUAUAUGGUGCGUACGAAACCAUCAUUAUCUGAUGAAGGUGGAGUUUUACCUGGUUAUGGAGUAAUAGAUAGUGUAUACCUCACUUGAGGAAGCCAACUCAUUGAAUUAUGAGGGUACUGCAAAACACAUCUCAAGACUCCUGUUUUUGCUUGUUUGUCUCGAAAAAAAAAAGGGAAAGAAGAGAGGAAACUACGUUGUUUCUUUUGCUUUCUCACAUGGCAUGUUUGUAAUCCGUCGCUUCUACUCAAAGAAACAGCGACCUGUUUGAUUUUAAGUGUUUACCAAUAAAAGCUUGAUGAACAGUUUGCUCAUCUGAUGUAAAGACUUUUAAGUUCUAAUCUUAGCAUUUUGUGUGUGCUGCAAGUAGCUUGUUCAAUAAAACUUUAUUAUUAAAGAAAAAAAGGAUAGAAAUUUUGGUUAUCAGAUA